UCCCACUUCCGGUGUCGUACAGCUACUGCGGCGGAUGUUGAUGUUUUGUUAGUAGCUCGCCUCGGACAGCGAUGGGAGCUACUUGAUAUUUUUGUGGUCAUCCUCUCUGUUCAGUGCGCGUUUCUCUGAGAGGUUUCCGUGGUUCUCGGUGUCGUUUCUCUCCCGGUGUCUUUACCGGGGUGAGAUCGAGUCGGGAGAUGAUGGAGGACUUUGAUGAGAUCUACGAAGAGGAGGAAGAAGAAGAGGACGAGGACAGGGCCGCGGAAGAGCAGCUCCUCAAGUAUGCUCCGGACCCGGUGGUGGUGCGAGGCUCCGGCCACGCUACUGUAUUUGGACUCAGCAACAAAUUUGAAUCAGAAUUUCCUUCAGCGCUUACAGGAAAGGUGGCGCCAGAGGAGUUCAAAGCCAGCAUCAACCGAGUAAACAGCUGCCUGAGGAAGACUCUUCCCGUAAACGUGCGCUGGCUCCUGUGUGGUUGUCUCUGCUGCUGCUGCACCCUGGGCUUCAGCCUCUGGCCUGUCAUUUGUCUCAGCAAGAGGACGAGACGAUCGAUGGAGAAACUUUUGGAGUGGGAAAACAACAGACUUUACCACAAGUUGUGUUUACAUUGGAAACUUAGCAAAAGGAAGUGUGAAACCAAUAACAUGAUGGAAUAUGUGAUCCUAAUAGAGUUCCUACCCAAGAUCCCCAUCUUCAAACCGGACUAAUCUAACCACAGAAGGGCCAGAGCGCCCCCUGCUGUCAUGCGUUGUCACUAAACUACAAAGGCUGUAAAGCUCCUGAGAAAUUACUACCCCUGAAAUACUC